GUGUGCCCGGUCUAACCAUGUCCAUGGAGGAUCAACAAGUAGCCGGUCCUAGUAACGACGACACGUAUUCUAUCUAUGUAUUGAGAAAUGGAGACUCCUCAGAAGUUGUCAGGAAACCUGACACCAAAGAUUGGACCGAUACUAACCUUUCGGCGGAAGAUAUGAUAAACGAAAUCAAUGGGUUAAUUGAAUAUGCGAAAGUCGUUAAAUUAAUAUACAAAGAAUUUGUUCGAACCAAUGCUAGGGCUAAGAUGUUAGUAUUCCGUAAAAACUUGGAAUCCUUGUCGAAUGAAAUUAUUGAAAAGUUUAUAAUUAUGUUUGAAAGGUACCCUGUUAAUAUUAAUGAUCUUCAAACAUUUUUGAACUUUCAGUUUACUUAUGAAGAAUCUAUAACUAAGAAUCAAUAUGCGUUAUUAUUAACGAUGACUCGAAGGCAUGAAGAUGGGAAUCUGUACCUAUUGGCAGCUAAUUUUGUACAUACUGAACAGUCAGACGUACCGUAUGCUAGACGGAUUUACAAUUAUGGCAUUAAACAUCACAAUUCUAAUAAAGAAUUGUAUCUAGAAUAUUAUAAAAUGGAACUUAAGAUGAUUGAGAAAACGAAAGGCUUUUCAUAUCCAAUUGCAACUCGGGUAUACAAAAUGAUUAUCAACGCUUUUGAAAAUGAUAUGCAUUUACACAUAAAAUUACUAGAGAUGGCUUUAAAAACUGAUAUUUGCCAAUUGCAAAUAUCUAUAAUAAAAGAUAUGAUAGAGAAAUACUAUAAAGAAGAAAUUAUGUGGAAAAAAUUAGCAACAAUUAAUUUUGAGGGUUUUAUCUAUGAUAAUGCCGAAGCAACACUUGAGUAUGAUGCCAAUAACGACCUUAAAAAAAGAAUACUGGCCAGUUUUCAAAUUUAUGAAAAUGCAUUGAACAUUAAUAAUGAUACUGUAAAAAUAAAUAAUUUAUGGAAAUUAUACGCUCAGAGUAUCGUAGAAAUUUGGACAAAAUUAGAUGCUAUAAAUGAAGAAGUUGCAUCUUUGUUGAAUAAUUAUGUGAAUAAAGUUUUUUUAAGUGCACAUACAAAAAAACUAUUGGGUUCAGAAUAUUAUGUUUAUUGGGUAUGUAUGACACAUUAG